CGCCGGUCGGUCUUCGUUCCGCCGAAACAACGAACGCAUCGCAACGUCCUUAAAAUUGAUCUUUAAUUGCAAUAAACGUGCAGAGCACAUGGUAGGCUCCUACAAAAACGUUUGGAUGGAAUCACUUUUCACGUCUCCUACCCGGCUCCUAGUUCCCAACACCUACGAACCUAAUCUAUGAGUAUGCUGCCAUUGAACCUGAUUAUUUGCUGCCAGGGGUCUAAUCGGUUCUCUACUAAUAAGAUUUCUCAUUCCAAGUCGAAUCCUCCGCGCUUAUUUUUUGACUCAUGCAUUUAGCUAACAGAGCAUACUAUGCCCCAGGCAUCAUUCUCGUAAGUUGAACUUCAAUGAUACGGGCACCUGACCUGCCUUGUAUGCUUUAAUGUGUGCCGCGAAUGCCUAAAUGGCCCAGACAUGUCCGAUGGAGAUUUGCCUCUUAGAUUUAACUGAUUCUGAAAACGAUCGUGUCUCGUGGGAGACAAUUUCAGAAAGGGAAACGUCAGUUAAACUCUAAGACUACUUGGGGUGAGCAUCAGAUAUAUCAAUAUACUGGUAUGCCCACAGUAUCAAACACACAGAUCGUUUAUGUGCGUAGUGUUAAUUUAUGAUGUACACUUGGUUCUUUUACCUGUGGUUGCUGCUGUCUGCGGUUCAAGAAUGCAAUAUAAGCCUUCGCCUGCUUUCUGUGCAACUGAGGAACCUCCCUGCUCUGAUUCGUAAGCGAAAUAACCUUGUAUAAAUUCUCGUGUCAUGAAGGAUCUUGGGGAAGACCGGUUAAAUAUCCCAGAAGCGCUUGCUAAAAUUAACGUGCCUCUGAGAGAACUGGUAGAGUUUGUGCCGCUCGCGAACACUUCGAAGGCAGAAGUUAUCAAAUCUAAACGAGGGAUACACAUUCAUUAUGCAUAUAAUGAUAGGAUGCACAAAUGCAAUAGUAAUUGUGUCAUAUGUUUGACCUCCACAACGCCUCUCAUUCGAGAUUGCGGUUUGUCAUUUUGGUUUAAAGUCUGCUUCAAAAUUGGAAAGGCUCGACCAGUAAUGAUCUUAAGUAACUAAACUACAAGAGGACCUCUUUUCCCAAGUUUCUUUAACGUCAAACGCUUAACCAACUAGUGUGUCAUCGGCGUACCUCUAUUUGCAGAAGAUAUCAGUCGCUGGUUCCGACUGGCUACAACAUGAACUGGUUUCAUGUAAGAACCUCAGGGGACAGGAACAAACAUUUGGACAGAUUGAUCUUUAAAUAGUAAAUGUGUCUAAUGUCGAGACGUUGACAGAUCAUACAUGACAAGUUGGGCAAAUACAAGCGGUACAUGGUAAUUCGCUUUGCAGUGUAUGCACUCGAUAUUAGGUGACACGAGGACUCGCGUUUCCUGUGAAUGAUAAUUACGCCGAAAAAAGAUACAAUCGAUACUAUCAUAGACAUCAUGCCACAUGGUGCUCUAGAAUUUUUCGCGCACGUAUGUGCAAUCGAUACAGCAAGAAUGAAAUCCCCCGGAGCUGUAUGCUCCUCUGCUCGACCAUCUCGCAAAUCUAAAGAAAAAUUUCAACGAAAUCUCGAGCGCAAACGGCAAAUGGGCAAAAAUAUCGAAGACUAUGUGUCGGACGACAGCGAGGAUAAUGAGCAAAGGAAACUACCAAAACUAUUAGGUGCCAAACAAUCACGUCGACAGAGAGGUCUAUUAGGACAGGUGCAUUUGGUGACUACAAGCAGCACAAUUCCCCAGCCUCGGCGCUCUGGCACUGGAUUGGCUCAGCAACGAACCAGACUGCCCAAUGCUGUGCCAGCUGGACUGCAGAAAGAUCUGGGCACGUUAUCAAGUUCGAGAAGGAGUCAUGCGCGAAAAUCCAUGUUCAAGUGCGGAAAUCGAAACCGAGAAGGCGGCUUUUCAAAGUGGGAGGUAAAAUCCGACGUGCAAGCCGACCUAUCGAGCUCAGAGGUUACUGACGAGGGUCCGCCUGAUGAUGAUGAUGAAUGGAACUCAGACAACGAUCCCGAAAAACUUUGGUGUGUAUGCCAUAAACCACAUAAUAAUCAAUUUAUGAUUGCGUGUGAUGAAUGUGAGAACUGGUUUCAUGGGAGAUGUGUUGGAGUUUCAAAGGCGGAAGGUGCACGCAUGGAAAAGACAGGUCACGAAUGGUUCUGUUCAAACUGCAGGAAAAAGCGUAAUGGUCAGAGCGGAGCGUCAUCGGCAACAGGGUCACGUAUCUCUUCUAAUUCAGGUUCUCGGUCAACUGGGGCUGGCCUAGGACCCUGUGGGGCGGAAUUAAGCGUUCCUCUCAUCGACAACCUCUCACCACAUCCACUUGUGUCAUCAGCUAUGGUUGGAAACUAUACCGUGCUUGGGCAAUGUGCUUCUUGCAAAAAGGUCGUACCUGGGGAACCAACACAUCGAUUCUGCAAUGUCGAGUGCACAAGCCGUCAUGUUAAUAAGUACCUGCCGGCCAUUAUAGAGCGAGCAGAGAAAGAAGGCCUCGAAGUUCGCGUAUCAAUGGUGGAAAUAUCAACCGGCAAGGCGAUCAACCUUGUAAAUGCAACUGUUGACGGGACAGAGAAAUGGCUUUGCCGCAGGCCCACCUUUCAGAUUAAUCCAAAUCAAGCGAGCGCAAUUCGGAGACCUGUGCCUAAAAAUAAGCACACCGAGGAUUCCAAGGAGAAAGAGUGUGGUAGCCCUAACAAAACUUCGAAUGCCAAUAGCUUAGAUGAAAAUAAGUGUGACAUUGUAUCACGUGAUUCAUCAGUUCCUUCGUCUACUAAUCAAAGCCACGUAGGGGCCUCUUCGAGACCAGCACUCCAGCAUGAAACAACUAGUUCUCAUAAUAUAACUACUAUAGCGCAUAAGAAUGUAUCGCUGACUGCUGGUUCUAGCUCCAGUAGUAGUAAUUUAAGUAGUCGAAAGGGUGCAUCCUUAAUUGCACCUCCGAAUAAAACCGCGUCCUCGAAAACGAUGCCAGACCGUAAAGGCAAUGCAAAAUUGGCCAACAACGAAGGAACGCCGACAGAUGAUAGUACAACGGCCACAUCCCAAUCCUUAGCCGAGAAUCAGGGUCACGUUCACAAUCCACCGUUAGCGCAGGCUCGAAAGAACGACCCCAAGGUUAUCGCCAAAAAAUCAUCGCCUGUGCCAACAAAUAAGCCUAGAAUAGAACAGCGAAGGAGAAGCUUAACCAGUGCUGACAGUGGCAAUGCUAUCGUCAUUAGCGGGGAGAAGCAACUUCAGCAAUCAAGCGCAUGGACAUCAACACCAGCGUCUAAGCAACAUCAAACCCAGUUGCAAAUAUCUGGGCACCAGCAGCAGAGCACCAACGAAGAUGCUCGACGAAACGGAGUCAAUGCUUUGGCGCGUAUUGUUCGUGAAAGGUGUGAAAGAGAAGGUAGAAAUGAAAAAGGCACUUCACAGCCACAAUUGGGAGAUCAUGCUGGCGAUGCUGCUACAUCUCUUGCACAGAACAUCGAGAGGGCUUUGUGGACACAUUGCGCGGGCGUCGCAAAAAAUUAUAGGGUUAAGUUUCGUUCGUUGUGCUUCAAUAUGAAAGAUCCUAAGAAUGAAUUAUGGCGCCGGGUCGUCAGUGGUGAAAUUGAGCCAACGCAGCUAGUCAAAAUGGGCCCCGAUGAAUUAAGUAUUGAAAUGGCUCGUUGGAGAGAACGUGAAUCGCAACAUAACCUGGAGCUGUACAAGAAGGAGGCCGCAAUCAAUGUGACGGAUAAGGAUGCUCUACAGCUAUUGGCCGAUGCUGCUCCUUUGGCCGAUGAAUGCCGCGGGGGUCCAUCUGAAAAAAAAAAUAAAGACUCAAGAAGAACCAAGGUGGGAGAAAGGAUAACAGAAAAGGAUAACUAUCAUGGCAGUAGAGAAAAAAAAGUUGACAAAAAAACUGUCAAAGAAAAAGAGAAAGCUAACAAUCAACGGGAGAAAGAACGUGGCAGGAAUAACGAAAAAAAUGACGCCAGGUUAAAGGACAAAGACAGGAACAGAAAAUGUGCUAGGGAACGGACGAAUGGGAAAGAAACGGGAAGCAAAAAUUCCGCUGAUAAGGACAAAGACAAACCCGUUUUAGACAGACCACGGCUACCCAAUAACAAGGAGUCUUCCACUCGAAGGUCGAUAGAGGCAUCGGACAAGGAACAGAAACAACGGGAUUCUCGAGAACACAAUAACAGAGAUACGUUUAAGGUAGGAGACAAAGAAGACAAAAUGGACACUCGUGAACUUGAGCGGGCCCAGAAAAUCAUCGAUCGAGUGAGGGCACUCGAACGGUGCACGUCAUCUACGUCGUCGGCUUCACCAUUUGCACUCACGAACCCGCACGGUGAUGAGGAAUGUAGUGGCGAUGAAAAAUCUGCAGAGCUACCGCUCUCCCCAAAUAUGCUUGAGGAUGUGGCAGUUCUUUGGGAGGGCGCCAUACGAAUGGACCCUGCUCAUUUCUCGGCGAGGAUAUCCCAUGCGGCCGGUCCGGUCGAUACCGGAUUCGAAAUUGGCCUUCCCGACAGCCUCGUCAUUUGUGGAAACAUCCAGCCCGCUGGUGUCAAGGAUUAUCUCGCUAGAUUGAAGCAUGCAAACAAAGAUAUCAUCGUUGUUCGGGUAAAACCCGCAUCCACAGACGAAGGACAUGCGGAUGAUUUGUUGGAAAUCAUCCGCAUGCUAAAAGCAAGAAGUCGUCUAGGCGUUGUUCAAGAGAUGAAGCACACAAGGGUUAAGGAUCUUUAUAUGUUACCUUUGGAAUCGGGCGAACAGCCUCCAGGAUGGUUUCCGUAUUAUGAUAAACUUCACAUCUGUGACGCAGCUUGCUUACUAGGGCUUGCCAUCUGCCACAAGAAAGGACAACCUACCAGGAGAGGGUCACGAUCUACCACAACCGGUGCAUCGUCAGGCGUGUCAUACGAACCGUCGAUGGUCGGGCCAGCAGAAGCUCGGGUCCGAGUGGAUAUAAACUCAAUUGAAGACGCUGAAAGGAUGCUCAUCGAAAAACCAGGUUUUUUAAGCCAAAACCCAAUUGUUAGUGGUGAGAGCUCGCUUUCCGUCUUAUCAUCUCUUGCUGCGCAGCAAGGUACCGGUACUAUCGAAAGCGGCCGAGGUGUCGAUGAAGCAUAUGAUCCUGAAGUCGAAUGGGCCUGAGAACAUUGGGGUGAAAAAGCGGCGCCAGGAACCGCAGUUGGGUCUAGCCUUUAUUAUCGGCGAACUCGUGUUUUGCCAAGCUAAUAAAGGAUUAUAUUAGAAUCAAGACGGUAAAAUCCAGUUA